CAGAAUAAAAUUGCUCGCUCACUCAGAUCUAACCCUUCCCCUCCUCUAUCAUUCUCUCUCUCUUCUUGGAUCACUGGAGUCAAGAUUCCGUCACUCAGAUCUCGAUCUUUGCCUGCCCUGCUUCGCCCUCUCGGGGAUCUAGCUUCUCUUGCGUGUUCCGGAGCCGAAGGUUGAGUUCCGGAAGCCCUCGCCUCGGCCAUAGCCAUGAACCCCUUCUCCUCGGGGACGCGGUUGAGGGAUAUGAUUCGGGCCAUACGUGCCUGCAAAACUGCUGCAGAAGAACGUGCUGUUGUGAGAAAAGAAUGUGCAGCUAUACGUUCUGCUAUUAGUGAAAAUGAUCAAGAUUAUAGACAUCGUAACAUCGCAAAACUCAUGUUCAUUCACAUGCUUGGUUAUCCAACUCAUUUUGGUCAAAUGGAAUGUCUCAAACUGAUAGCUUCAGCUGGGUUCCCUGAGAAACGAAUUGGUUAUCUGGGCCUUAUGCUUCUUCUUGAUGAGAGACAGGAAGUUCUUAUGCUGGUUACAAAUUCCUUGAAACAAGAUCUCAAUCAUACAAACCAGUACAUUGUGGGUCUAGCACUUUGUGCUUUGGGAAAUAUAUGUUCUGCAGAAAUGGCAAGCGAUCUAGCAGCAGAAGUAGAAAGAUUACUACUAACUAAAGACCCAAAUAUUAAAAAGAAGGCUGCCUUAUGCUCGAUCAGGAUUAUUAGAAAAGUUCCAGACUUGGCAGAAAACUUUUUAAGUCCUGCAGCUUCGUUGUUGAAGGAAAAGCACCAUGGAGUUUUAAUAGCUGGAAUUCAGCUUUGUACAGAUCUAUGUAAAGUCAGUGCAGAUGCCAACAAGCAUCUGCGAAAGAACUGCACAGAGGGAUUGAUUCGGAUAUUGAAGGAUGUCUCAAAUAGUUCGUAUGCACCUGAGUAUGACAUUGCUGGGAUUACAGAUCCUUUCUUACACAUCCAAGUGCUUAGGCUGAUGCGAAUGUUGGGCCAGGGAGAUGCAGAUACCAGUGAAUAUAUGAAUGAUAUUCUUGCUCAGAUUGCUUCAAAAACUGAAUCAAACAAAAAUGCUGGGAAUGCUAUUCUAUAUGAAUGUGUUGAAACUAUUAUGGGUAUAGAAGCGACCAGUGGUCUGCGUGUUCUUGCAAUCAAUAUCUUGGGUAGAUUCUUGUCAAAUCGUGACAACAACAUCAGAUAUGUUGCCUUGAACAUGCUUAUGAAAGCCAUUGCAGUAGAUUCUCAAGCAGUGCAGAGGCACAGAACAACAAUUCUAGAAUGUGUCAAGGAUUCUGAUGCCUCAAUCAGGAAGAGGGCUCUUGAACUUGUUUUUCUGUUAGUCAAUGACACAAAUGCUAAGCCUUUGACAAAAGAACUUAUUGAUUAUCUCGAAGUGAGCGAUCAAGAUUUUAAGGGAGAUCUAACUGCCAAAAUUUGUUCAAUCAUUGAAAAGUUUUCUCAAGAAAAGAAAUGGUAUAUUGAUCAGAUGCUAAAGGUUUUAUCUCUGGCAGGGAGCUACGUGAAAGAUGAUGUGUGGCAUGCUCUUAUAGUUGCAAUAAGUAAUGCACCUGAUCUUCAAGGAUACUCUGUAAGGUCACUGUACAAGGCAGUCCAAACAUCAUUUGAACAGGUAAGUUUAGUUCGAGUAGUGGUAUGGUGCAUUGGAGAAUAUGGCGAGAUGCUGGUUGGUAAUGUUGGGGUGUUGGAAGUUGAGGAACCGUUGACCGUAACAGAAUCUGAUACCGUGGAUGUUUUGGAGGCAUGUUUAACAGGUCAUUCAGCAGAUAUUACAACUAGAUCAAUGUCCUUGAUUGCUCUUCUGAAGCUCUCCUCACGUUUUCCCCCAACUUCAGAGAGGAUAAAAGAGAUUAUCACAGUGCAUAAAGGAAGUAUUGUGCUUGAAUUGCAACAAAGAGCAAUUGAAUUCAACUCUAUAAUCCAGAGACAUGACAACAUAAAAUCUUCUUUGGUUGAGCGAAUGCCUGUUCUGGAUGAGUCAGCUUAUAUGGUGAAGAAAGCUAACUCUUCACAAGAAAACAUUGUAGCUGUUAAAUCUAGCCAAAUGUCUUUAGCUGGAACUUCAGUUACGCUUCCAAAUGGUGUCGCAAAGCCACCUGCUGCUCCCUUGGUCGAUUUACUUGAUUUGAGUUCUGAUGAUACUCUGGUUCCUACUUCAACCUCUAAGGAUUUUUUGCAUGACCUGUUGGGCAUUGACUUGACAAAUUCAUCAUCCUCAGGCAUUGCUCCAUCAGGGGGUACUGAUAUUCUUAUGGAUCUGUUAUCUAUUGGAACACCUGUUCAAAGUGAUAUUUCACCAGAAACUGUUUCUUCCAACCAAGGAUUUGCACCAACAACUAAACCUACUCCUACCACUGUUCAAGUACUGGAUUUGUUGGAUGUGUUACCAUCAAAUGGAUCUGUUGCAGGAGAUCAAAGUCCUCUUUAUCCAUCUAUCACUGCUUUCCAGAGCAGCACCUUGAAGAUCAUGUUCAGUUUCAAAAAGCAUCCUGAAAAACCACAAGUUACUGAAAUCCAUGCAACAUUUAUGAAUUUGUCAUCUGAUUCUUAUACAGAUUUUGUUUUUCAAGCAGCAGUGCCAAAGUUUAUCCAGCUACAUUUGGACCCAGCCAGCAGCAAUCAUCUUCCGGCCAAUGGCAAUGGGACAAUUACACAAACAGUUACUGUUACUAAUAGUCAGCAUGGACAGAAACCCCUGGCCAUGCGUAUUAGAAUGGUUUACAAAGUUGACAACCAAGAGAAGUUGGAACAAGGACAGAUUAACAAUUUCCCUCCCGGUUUAUGAGUCUUUAAACUGCUUUUCCACAAGAAUUUACCCUCUUCUUCUGCAGAAAGAGUGCUAUCUUGUUCUCUCUUUGUGUGUUCUUAAACAAUUAAGAGAAAUUUUUUUGAUAAUUGAUUUAGUGUUAUGUAUAGUUUAUCGGCUAUCAAAUAACAAUGUCCAGUUGCACUCUUUCAGCCUGUGAGCACCAAGCAUUUAGAUUGGAGGUGUGCGGAAGUUAUUCAUUCUUGCUAGUAGGGAAGAGGUCACAAUGAAACUUGAUCUAGGGGUUGUAUAAAUGUUUGUCAGAGCUAUCUAUUUUUAGCCAUAUGGUGUUGUUCAUUGUA